UUUUCCAUCAAUCUGAAGAACCAUUUAAGCAUGCAAAAAAUGAUUCAUUCAUUCAUAAAUAGAAUCAUUGCCUUUACUAAAGAACCCUUGAGGAACCGUCUUUUUUAAGUGUGCAGUGUUUUGAGUUUUAAGCCAGAAUAGUUUGAGCUCGUCUUCGUCCACUGAGUUCACAAAGACAGAUGCUGAACAGUGUCGUCAUUGCUUUAUAUGGUUUAACAGCCUAAAUAAGUCUAACUGCUAAUCGAGAGGCCACUGUGCGGUCAGUGUGCUUUAAAAUGUUCCACUUAGAGUUUGAAAUGCAUUGUAUUGUAAAAUAAAAUGCUUACAGGCCUAUAGAAGCAGAAGAUGGUGAUGCUGGAGCUCCAUGUAGUCUUAAUGCCAUUUUUAAUCCAGAUUUUGUGUUUAUAGUUUGUAAUAAUAGUAGGAUAUUUCUGUCGUAGGUAGUACUGGGCAGUAUGAUGAUAGAUGCUUUUCUGAGCGUAUCAUGGACAUCAUCAGAACUUAAUCACUUUCCAGCUGCAUGUUUGAUGAAAAAGAGCUUAUUUAGUGCAGCACAGUGUGUGAAAUGUUGAAUACAAGUAGUUGGAUUCAUAGUUUUGGUAGUAUUUUUGAAACGUGGCACUACUUUAUCUGUUCUAACUUAUCAGAUGUCAGAAGAAAUAAAUAUUGUGACACAUCGUGUCAUAAAAAACUUCCUGAAGUGUUGACAAUACAUUUUGCCUUAUUGUCCGCCUCUAGUUCUAGUUAAGUGGAUCUUUCAGGUGUGAUUACUAGUGUAAUACUGCACUGGGUGGGUUUGUUUGCAUUUCUGCUUUUUAAUUUAUUUGUUUUACAUUAUAUUACACUUUUUAAUGAUUUAUGUAAUUGUUAGUAUAUGCAUAUUUUCAUAUUUCUUUUAAUCUAGGACAAAUAAUAACCUUAUUUAGGAUGAGAGAUAUACUAUUUGUACUUCUAAACAGUGCUAUUGACAUAUUGUGAUAUUUUCAGUUUUAGUGUGAUGUAUAGUGAUAUAAUUGAUAGAUAAUGAUUAUAUUUAUGAUAAAAGGUGUAACACAUCUAAGGUGCUUGUGGCCUUUUUUUCAAAUUUACUAAGGCUAACUUAUAUCUCAUCUGAUACUGUGAUGUAUUUGGGAAAAGUUUAGUAGCCUGUAGUCAAAUUAAAUGUUGUGUUGAUUUUCUAGGAGAAAGUAAGUGAACACAUCCUCUACAGAGAACACACUUCCGUAUAUUUUAGUGCACAAUUACUGUUUAAUUGCUGAAUUGAACGUUUUGGUCAAAAAACGUGUGGCCUGUGCAAAAGUUUCCAAUAUUAUGCACAACAAAUUUGUCUAAAAUGCCAUAUUUAAGUGGGUUCUCUGUAGAGGGUGCAUUAACUUUUCUUCACUUAGAAAAUUAACAAAACAUGUUGGGUGACUGGGGGUGUUCAAACUUUUGCAGAUGACUAUAUUGUGAUAUGUAAAUUUGUCAGUAUGGUUCAGCCCCAGAUCUUACACAUUUAAAGGGGAAUUGCACAAAUUUUCCAAAUGUUCUGCAUAAUUUAAUGGUCAAGACGUAAACAGACUCAUCCAGACUGGGCUGAUCGUGAUGGAAACCAGAAGUCUGAAGACUUCAAUGCCUUAAAAACUUCCUCAUAGGACGUUAUUAAGUGAAAGGGUUCUGGAUGCACUGCUAAUACUGAAACAUUCUUUUAUGAUCAUUUUAAGAAGGUUUUAGCUUAAAACAUAUGUUUUAAAAUCCAUUCAUAACAGAGAGGUACAUGCAAGGUACAGUAGUCCCCAAAGAACACUUGCCUUUUCAGACUUUUAUUUCACCAUCAUCAACAUUUCAUAUAAAAACUCAGACACGUGCAGGUUCGCUGGAUGUUAUGGUUAGGAGCCACUGGUUCCCAUCACCACCACUCUAAAGAAUCCAAGUCGGCAAGUUUCUCUACAGUGAACCAUUUCACAUCAAACCACUCUGCGACUACUUUACAUCCAAAAGACUAAAUUAUUGUGGAAAAUUCGAAAAAUUGGUCGAAUUCCCAGAACACAGUAUCUGCAGAUCUCAUGUGCACUAAAAUAUGCAUAGAAAUGUCUUUAAUGUAUGUCGAAAUAUAAAACACCCUUUUAUGACCACACAGAACGAUAGUUUUACAACUUACAUUGUGGUCUUGGAAACUGAUUCAUGCAGCCUGUUAUGUGCCCGACGGUCACAAAGGCAGACCUCCCUGCACCGAUUAACCUUUCACUGACAAACAGCCGGGCCCUGUAGAAGUCUUUCCACACAGUGUGAUUAUUUUAGGAAUAUAAUUUUCUUGCAUUAUGUUUUUUUUUUCCUACAACACUGUGCUGUGCAUGUUUUGGCAGUGCUAGCUGGGCUGAAGUCUGUUUGACUAAGGGUCUGCACAGAGCGGUUCAUUCUCACCAGCCAAAAAUAAUAAAGUUGAUAUGUCCAGGCAUAUGAACCCCAGACUUUGUGAAAUAUUUCCUUAAUGAUGGCUAUGGGUGUCUGUUUCACUUCCUGAAGAAACUGAGAGGCAUGGCCGAGCCACGGUUUAAUAACCCAUACUUCUGGCCUCCACCUCCCACGAUGCCUGGUCAGCUGGACAACCUUGUCCUAAUCAACAAGAUCAAAGAGCAGCUGAUGGCAGAGAAGAUCAGGCCUCCACAUCUGCCGCCCACUUCAGUCCCAUCCCAGCAGCCCCUGCUGGUGCCCCCCACGCCUACAGAAGGUGGUCAGCACAGCAUGCAGGUGCCCAAAAUCCAGCAGAUGCCUGGGCUUCAUCCCCACAGCCCCACUCAGCCUGACAUCGCCCUGCACGCCCGGCCAGCCUCCAGCACUGUCGCAGGACGCAUUCUUGGUGAUGUAAACCUGAAUCUGGAUGAUAAGACAGCCAUAAAAGCUAGAGGACUGUGGGAGGACUGGCAUUUACGACAGAUUAUAGACCAACCAUCAAGAGCGAACCAUCUGUCAGGUAUAGCACUGUCGUCUCGUAGCGGAAACAGUAACACAUCGGACACCAUGACCCCUGCAACCCCUACAUCCAGCAGCAGCCAGGUACGCCAGGGUGGGGCCCCUUCCACAAACCUCGUCUCAGGACUGGCCAGUGGCCCGGGCAUGGAGGCGAUCAAAACCAGUGGUGGACUCGCAGGACUGCUGGGACCCGCCCCCAAAACUGUGGGACGGGGCCGCAAAAAGAUCAAGGCGGAAAACACCUCUGGUCCUCUGUUAGUUGUGCCCUACCCUAUUCUGGCCUCAGGAGCUGACCAGUCAUCUGUAACCAUCACUGCCAAAGAGGGCAAAACGUACAGGUGUAAAGUGUGCCCGCUGACGUUCAUCUCCAAGUCAGACAUGCAGAUUCACUCGAAGUCGCACACAGAGGCCAAGCCACACAAGUGUCCGCACUGCACAAAGUCCUUCGCCAACGCCUCCUACCUGGCCCAGCAUUUACGCAUCCACCUCGGAGUGAAGCCUUAUCACUGCUCCUACUGCGAAAAAUCCUUCCGCCAACUCUCACACCUACAGCAGCACACUAGAAUUCAUACAGGUGACCGACCUUAUAAAUGUAUUCAGCCAGGCUGUGAUAAAGCCUUUACACAGCUCUCCAAUCUGCAGUCUCAUCAGAGAUCACACAACAAAGACAAGCCAUACAAGUGUUCCCACUGCUACCGCGCGUACUCCGACUCCGCCUCUUUACAGAUCCACUUAGCUGCUCACGCCAUCAAAAACGCAAAGGCCUACUGCUGCAGCAUGUGCGGCAGAGCGUACACCUCAGAAACCUAUCUGAUGAAGCACAUGUCUAAACACACAGUAGUGGAGCACCUGGUGAGCCAGCAUUCACCACCACGGACGGAAUCCCCCAGCAUCCCCAUCCGCAUCUCCCUCAUUUAAACAGCUCCCUGGACCAGGGCGCACGGUCAGUCCCCAGCUUCGCCUGAAUCAAACCAAAUCACCUCUCCUCAGUGGUGUCCUCUUUCGCUUAAUCAUUCCUUUAUUCUGGGAUACAUUCCAAAAUGUUUUAGACUGUAUUCCUAAAGCCUCUGAGAGAAAAAGGCUGAGUCGUUUUAUUUUUGUGUGUUUAUUUGUUCGUUCUCUCUCUUUAACUCGAUGUUUGUUAGAGAGAAGAGGGACUAGUAGGGACAUCCAAAGACAGUUUUGCAGCACUUUCAGGCCAUGUAGGCUUAAAAAUGUUCAGUCUGUAAAGGCAUUGCUCUUGGCAGCUAAAUUUUCAGACGUUAGGUGUUACACAGGAAAAAAAGACUGUGUUGUUUACACUCUGUUUUAUCCUGGUAAUAUCUAAUGAUCUUGAACUCAUGCUGAGACAUAUAUUUAGAGCAUGGACCAAGUCCAACUUUUUUUUUUUAAUUUUUAUUUUUUUGUAUUUCCUGUGUUAGGAAAGUCGUAAAGGGGCACAUACCAAUUUUUCAACAUUUCGAGUUGGUCAGAGUGGUUAGAUGUAAAAUGAUGCAUUGUAAAAAAAAACAGUGAUACAGUGAUGGUGAUGGGAACCAGGGGUCACAAUGUUUAAACAUGCUCAGUUUGUUUACUAUCCAAAACCACCAGUGAACCUGCAUGUCUUAAUAUGUUGAUAAUGGUAAAAUAGUGGUAAAAAUAAGUUUUCUUUGGGUACUAAUCUGCCUUAAACACCCAGCAUGUACAUCUCCACCAUGAAUGGUGGUUGGUAUAAAGUAGUGAGUAUCACUUCUGCCUUCUAUGCUGUGGACCUGGGUUCAAUCCCACGUCUGGGCCAGUACCCCACACUAUGCUAGUAAGAGUCCUUGGGCAAGACUCCUAACAUAAACAUCACCUACCUGUGUAAAAUGAUCUAACUGCAAGUCGCUCUGGAUAAGAGGGUCUGUUAAAUGCCAUAAAUGUAAAUGAAUGUCUUUUAAAAAUACCUUUUGUGCCAGAAUCUUAUCUCAAAGCUAUGGUAGAAAACAGACAUCAGGCAGCGCAUUCAUAACCAUCUAAUGUAAUAACUUCCUUUUGGCAUUAAACUCUUCAGACGUCUGGUUCUUAUCACCAUCACUGU